AAACCCUCCCUAGUUUUAUUUCCUUUCUUCACCAUAGUGGACACUAUGGAUCUUGCAGCCUUGACACACAGCAUAAAAGCUCAUUACUAUCUAUUUAAGCUUACUCAAUUAUUCCUUUCAGUAUCUGUGUGUUCCAUCAUCGUUUCACCUUCUUCCUUGCUUAUUUUCUUCCAUUACUUUAAGUUUUAUUUCUCUACAUUCCCUUUCCAACUCUUUACCCACAACGUAGACAAGAACUGCAUGUUUCUCCUUUGCAAUGGGCUCCUAGUUUUUGUUGGUAUAACUAAAUCUUUCUAUGGUUCUAGCGGUGAUCAUGAACCUUCAAAGUACACUGAAGAAGGUUCACAAUCUCAGUUCUCAGAUGUUGAAGCCAACAAGCCAAUGUUAGAGAUAGUUGCCGAGGAUAAAACUAGUGAGCCUGAUGAGCUGAACACUGUAGCAGAGGAAGCAAUAGAAAUAAAAAACUGUUAUGAAGAAGAAGUACAAGAAAACAUUGAAAAGAUAAUUUUGGUAGAUGAAGCACAAGGAAAAGGAAGUAGUCAAUUAGUUUUAAAAGAAGAGGAGAAGGAUCUAGACGAAGAAGAAGUAUUUGAUGCAGAAGAUGAAGAUGAAGACAAAGAGUCAGAAAAUGAUUACGUUCUGAUUGAAGAAAACAUUGAUGAGGAAGAAGAUGUAGAAGAAGAAAGCUGCACGUUAAGCACGGAGGAGUUGAACAAAAAAUUCGAUGAUUUCAUUAGAAAGAUGAAGGAGGGUCUAAGAGUUGAAGCUCGACGGCAAUUAGUUGUGGUUUGAUUAAGUAACAUUAACAACCAUGAUCUUCUUUUCUUUUUUUUCUUUUUUUUUUCUUUUGGACCUUUUUCUUGGGAGGCCUAGUUAUUUGUGAAACGUUAU